AUGGACGCAGACAGGAGCCGUGUGCGACAGUGAGCGCGAGGUGGAGCUGUUCUGCCGAGUAGAAAGCGCACACGACGUUGUCGUCCCUGAAAUCCGAUUCAAUAAAUAGAUGAUUAGCAUUGUCCCGCAGGAAUACGAGGGAAUAUCAAGAUUCACGAACGAUCGAGAUGACAAGCUACACUUAACUUGGUCUUCACAGGAGACGUCACCGAGCUGAACAUAGUGAUUCGUUCAGGCCACUAAGGGCGCUGUAGUUUGAUGUAUUAAGUGCUUCUUGACAGAGCGAGAAAAGCUACAAUACCGAAAUUUUAGCGGAUAGUAAGGAACGAUAAAGUUCCUGAUGAGUUAAUUAUCAGUGGAGGUUUUACGAGUGGCAUCCGUGUCGGCAUGUGGGGAAAGAGUGUUAUUGGCACUAUCUGAGUGCACGUGUGUUAGUUUGACAGUGGAUAAAUGUGCUCGUUAUGAGUCGAGUGUGCCAUGCUUACGUGAUUCUUGUUGAUGUCACAAAGGAUAACCCGGGAUAAUCCAUAUAAUGUCAGAAGAAACCUGCUGGGCUCAUUUUACAUUCAUCAAUCACCUGUCAGCCAACUAAUGGUGGAUGAAUACCUGUAGUUGGACUGAGAAGGUUAAACUUUUGAUGACAGCACUCUUCGGUGCGUGGCAAAUUCGACUUUUCUGCACUACGAUGAUGUGCACCGUAGAAAACCCAGUCGACAUGGGUGCAGCAGUAGAAGAAAACUCCGAUUUUCAGGACGAGCUGAGGAGGAUUUUUAACUUGUGUGACCAUCAGGGGCAAGGAUACAUCGACAAGGAUGCUUUCUAUGAGAUCGAAAAGAACAUGUUUGAAGGCUCUGAAGAGCAAAUGGCUUCCAUAAUGGAAUACUUCGAUCCAUCGAAUCGAGGAGUGAUUACCUUCGAAGAUUUCUGUCGCGGUGUUGCGGCUAUCACUAGUAAUCAUCUUCAACAGCAACAACAGCAGCAAGGACUCUCUUCCCCACGCGACUCUAGUCCAGACUCGUUGCGGCAGGAAGUGCAGAGUCCUACAUCGUCUACGGCGUCCGCAGUGGGAGUUCUGCCGUCCUCUGAAGGAGCGUCGCUGUCAUCCCUAAUGCGGGCUCAGUCACCCGCUGAUUCUGGGUUGGGCGAACGCGCCGAGGAGCGUUUCGAAUACGAGGAAGAAGAAGAUACUCAGCCGCCCCUAACUUCUAACUUAAGAAACUCGGACAGUUUCCGGGAAACCUCCCCAGGGUCCCCGAACAGUCGUCGCCUUGCCAACCGAAAUGCCUGGAGUAGGACGAGUAUACGGAGAAGUUCUUGUUCUUCAAAGCGCUUUGCUGGUUCGUCUCUUGGAAGAGAGCUAUCGGCCGCAGCUGUAGCAAAUGCCUCCUUCAAUUCAGCCCAGUCUCGAAGAUCGUCAUUCUCCUACGAGCAAAAUAAUGAGCUGGACUCCCUUGCUGACCAGCAGGUGCUUGACGAUCUGACCGAUAAGGUACAAGAAAUGGAGAUUCAGAUCACAGCCUUAACAGAGGAUCUCGCCACCAGUAAAGAUCUCUACCAACGCGCCAAACAAGAGAACUCGUUACUUACACAGAGAAUUCACGCGCUUGAGGAGAAUAUUCGUGAGUUAGAGUGUAAGACUGAAGAACGAGUGCGUGAAGAGCGCAAGCAAUUCACCACUAUGAUGGAGAGGAAGGAUCGAGAAAGGGCCCUUGAAUCAGAGCAGCAUGUGAAUAAAAUACUCGAACUGCAGAACGAGCACAUGGCCACCAAGGAGGAGACCGUUAAGUUACGCACCUUAUACGACCAGUUGAAGCAGGAAAAAAAGAUCGACUCUGAACAGCUUUCAGAAGCGACGCACGAACUUCAGACAACUAAACAAGAUCUCCGGGCAUUUCAAGAGGUAAGCCGUAGAGAACGCGAGGAUUUCCAAAAAGAAAAGCAAGUUUUACAAGAAGUGAUCCAGGAUCUUACGCACCGCUUGGAAGAGCUCCAACACUUGCGACAACGUAACGUCACUCCGCAGGAAGGUGACAAGCUUCGAGAGCGGUCAGCAUCCUUUAUCCAGAAUCUUCCGUUGCAUUGCGAAACAAUGGAAAAAGAGCUCGAAAGGCUACAGCAUGACAAUCGCCGCCUCAAGGAACGAAACGAGGAACUCGAUGAAGAGCUCAUAGGGCUGAAAGUUGGCCAGGGUCAACGUCUUCUAAACAGUAGUGAUUCAGCAACGCAUGAUAACAACUGGGCUGCAGAAACCGACGAUCUAAACAUGCUCUCCAAAGAGGAACUAGUGGGACAGCUUCGCAGAUUACAAGACACCAAUGUCGAUCUACGUGAAUAUAUUGGUACGGUGUUAUCAAAUAUCAUCAUGACCUACCCGCAGAUGCUCGAAAAGAAGAUCUAGACUAUCCCCACGCUUUUACAGUUAAUUAGCUUAGUUUGUACGUCAGCAAGCUAAGUGGCUGUGUGAGAGACCUGCUCAGUGUGUUGACUGUACUUUCUGAUCUACCCAAACUUUUCAGACAGCUGGCGAAAUCGGGAAUUUUCAGAUGAUGAUGAUAGAAACCUUUUAGCAACAUCGAAUAUUAAUUCUCUUUGUAAGCUCCAAUCAAAUACUAGUGAUACUAUCUCUUGCUCCUCGUCUCAGACGCGGUUACUAUAUUAUUUGCAUGUAUUCUACGAUGUUUUACAACGGUGUCGAAACUCUGUGAUGUCAAGCGGGUCCUGAUGAGGAAAAAUCAAAUAGACAAGGGAACUGAACACAAACCUGCCAUAGCGAAACGCGAAUGUAUGUAUAUCUGGUAGCUGUUAACGAUCAUGGUACUGCACUGAAAAUAACUGGGCACGGAGCAUUGAAGCAAUUAAAAGGGUUCUGUAAAAAGCGGUACAAAACAUAACUUUUAAGUAGCAUUACAAUUAUAUGACUAUACACAUGUUUAGAUUUAUCUUAAUAAGUAGCAUAAGACGAAGCCAUAGGAAAAAUGCCGCCUAUCCUUCAAGCGAAAUUCUACUUACGUAAACAGGCAAUCCUGAAGUAAUAUUGUACCUGCUCAAUGCUUAUUGACCUAAUAAGAAGAUAUACGCGAGUGACGUCCAUCUGCAUUGUGUCAAAAGUAAGGGGGAAUAACAAACUGAAGAGUAGAAAAUUAUUAAAAUGUUUCUUCUAUGAGAAAAAUAUCGUCACACUCCGUGAUACGUGUCUAAUGUACACUGAUCUGAUUGAAACGAUGCACGGUACGAAACUAAUGAAAAUGUAGAGUGUAGAUAACAAUUGAUGAAGAAUGAUUAAUCAUUAUUAUGAUGUUUCAACGCUAUUAAUAUUCUUAAUACUUAAAAUGAAGUUACCGUCGAGGCUACCCAAUGCUUUAAGGAUUGAAGGAGUAGCAGGAGAUGAUCUACAGAGAAUAGUAUAUAUACGUAUAUAUCAAAGAACAUAAAAUGGCUAUCAACUGAGGGAAAUCUUAAUUUGAUUAAUAAUCAUUGAGCAGUUGUUUUUGAUCAUGGUUUCAGUUAGUUUUCGAGCUGCGUGAUUUCCUGCACGAAUGUAACUUUCUGACGAAAAAAUCGCUGCUUGUUAUAAACAAAGAUAGCACAUAUGUACUUAAUAGUUACUAGAUUUAUGUAGAAGAAACCCGAAUACCUGAACUACCCGGAAGCGUCAUUUGGUCUAGAUUUUUGUAUUAGUAGCUAUUUUUCUAUUAUUGAAAUCUUCAAACUUUCCUUUUUUACUUAUAUGCGGUUGCUGAUUUUUUAGUGGUACAACAGUUUGUUUCUGCUAGCAACGAUUAAAAGCUGUAUGCAUGCCAUGUCCAGAACUAAGACGACGACAUAGGUUUUUUUUUUUCGAUAUGGUAAUAUGUAACUGUGGCUGAAACACGAGGAAGUAAAAUGCAAGGUGUCAGCCUAGUUGAUUAGUUCGGUAGAACUUCCACAUAACGUGUGACCGUGUAGUAAAGGGGUGAACAUCAUAAGCAAAAGUAGCCAACUGUCUGAGAAUAGAAAUGCCACCAACAAUUGGGCAUGCCUGCGUGCCCCAAACGUGCAUAACCCGCAGCCGGAACUGUUUUGAAGGACGCGCAAAGAAUAAACAACCAGACACCACAGUACGGAUUCAAAUCAGAUUAAACACAACAUUCCAUAAUAAAAGUUCGACAUAAAACAAAUGAAAGAUCGACGGCUUAAAUAAGCCAUUCGCAAAAGAUCAUGCUGAAAGAUAAAGUAGACAAAAAGCUUUCAAUGUACAAAGCAAAACAAUUAGAAUAGUAAAUACUAAGCGUAUUUAGCUAGCAGGCGCCGCUAUCAUUAAAAAAAAUGACAAAGAAGCCUCAGAUAGUGCUGAAUAGGUAUAGAGAUUGAAUGGUAAACUACCGGUCUCAAUGAACCGAGUUGAGAACAAAUCUGAUCGCGAGACUAAUUCAAUUAGGGGUCGAUUCAAUUUUUCAGCCGCCAUUCAUCCCAGUAGAAUUCUUGCAAGACAUGUAGAUAAGUAUUUCGAUAGAAGGAAAGAUGGCGGAGCACCACUACUAGCGGCAGUCCGAUUGCAUGCUACCGGACAACAAGCGAUAUCAACAGUCUUCGAAUGAGUGCCGUAUGGCAAUACUUAAAGCGAUGAUGAUUGUGUAUGUCAAGGUUAGGAAGAAAGUCAGCAUAAAUUUAAGCUGGCAAGGCAGAAGUAGGUGCGUGUACAUGGAGUCUCACACACACACAUUCAUUCUUAAGGUCAAGCUAAGGUUUGCAUGUUUUAGCAUAGGAGGCGAACGCAAAUAAAGGAAAUAAAAAAUGUCUGUAUAUUUAAA